AAUGUUUCUUAAUUUCAGUUUGUCAUUCCAAGUUGUGUUUAAAUUUAAAUUUGUAAAAAGUCAACCAAUUUGCUGAUGCAUUUGUGACUAACAAUUUUGUGACUUCUGCAAUCAGUUUGUGUCCAAUAUUUUUGAUUUGUUUUGUGAUUCCAUAUUGAUUGUUCAGGAUUUAAUACAACACCAAUGCAAUUAAACAAAUUGACUUUAAAACUGGAACCUUAAAUUGUGUUAUUUCAUUAUUACAUUGGAUAUUUCAUCAAAGAUCAACUUUCAAACAUCACAAUCAGACAGCCAAAUCUGUUCCGAAGUCGAAGUACCAUCGACACUCCACCGGAACCUUUCCAAUCAACAAAUCAUCUAAUUUAUAACCAAUCAACUUUAAAACGUUAUUCCAAUCACCGGCAGCCAACUAUGAGAAGUGUUUCGCUCAUCGAUUGGCCACCAAGUCAAUAUAUUGUUGACACUGGAGCACCACCAUCAAUUUAUAAUCAAUUUAACAACCAUGCUUACCAACAUCAUAACCAACCUCAACAACACCAACACCUUGAUGAUCAUGAUCAACACCAUGGACAUAAUUCACAACCUUCUCGAUCAUCACUUAACCUGGAAACACUUGAAACCUUUUCCAACAACUGUGACUCUGAUUCCAAUUGUUCAUUUUACAAUAAACUUGGUGACAUAGAUGAAGAAGAUUCAAUGCCAAUCCAAGAAGAGUUUAUCCAGGUUAAUGUUUAUAUCCCUGAAUAUUUAGUCGAGCAAACUGUAUCUUUAAGUGAAUACGAAACAAUCUGGAAUCUAAAGCUUGAUAUAAUUGAACGUCUUUCAGCAUUUCGAUCCAGUCUAACAGGUUCAAAAAAUUAUGUCAACAGUUUAACUGUGGGUAGCGAAGGCAAGAGGAACACAUUGAACCGAGCAUCAUCUCUACUCUCAGCUUCCCUGUCGACCCUAACAUCAGCCAACAACAAUAAUAAUCAAUUCACCAAUCAACUGCCUCAAGGGGAACGAAUUGAUCUUAAUUAUGGUUUCUAUUGUCAUAACAUAGGAAGUUUCCUGGAAGAAGAGGCAACCUUUCACGAUUACCUGAAGGGCGAUUUACCAGGAGUUGGAGGUUAUAUUUCCAGUGAUCAUUCCGUAACCUCGCGAUCUGUUCCAUCCUCAAUCGGUGUUGUCAGUUAUUGUAAUACUGCCGGUGUUGGUGGUGCAAUCGACUGUUGUUUCACUCGAACAUUGGUUCGCCUUGAGUUCCGUCAUAAACAGCGAAUCGAUAUAGUCAUCAUGUCAACCACUUUGCCUACUUCAACAGCAACCCGAAGGAAGCGUAAACGCAGCCGUCUAAUUGAAGCAGUUGCCAAUGGAAAUGUUGAAAAGAUAAUUAAACUUCUGGUCAAUUGUGACCCCAACUUUAUUGAUGAAGCUUCUGGUGAUACUUUGUUAUCUUUGGUUGCUGGUAACACUUCCCUGUCCACGUCAACCUCUCAACGAGUUAUUGUAGCCCUGGUCAAUGGUGGUGCCCUGUUAGACUUUCGUACCAAAGAUGGGCGAACACCACUUCAUGUGGCCGUUCAAAAGUCAAACUAUGUGGCUCUGAAAACAUUUCUAGAUUUAGGAGCGUCGCCCAAUUAUCGUGAUGCUGUUGGAUUAACUUCACUCUUUUAUUCCAUCCUUUACUCAGCUAAUCCCAAAUUGACUCAACUUCUUCUCCAUGAACAUUCAAUCCAUGGAGUAGCUGAUGCACAAGGCUGGCAAGAAGUUCAUCAUGCCUGUAAAUUAGGUUUAGUGGCUCAUCUUGAACAACUCCUCUAUUAUGGAUGUGAUAUGAACUGUAAAAUUGUCGGCUCUGGUAAUACACCGCUUCAUGUAGCCGCAAUCAAUGAUCAAAUGGAUUGUGCCCGAGUCCUCCUUCUUAGAGGAUGUAAUACUCAGAUUGCCAAUAAUAGUCAUCAAACAGCUUAUCAAGUAGCUGUAAUUGCUGGUAAUAUGAAUUUAGCUGAAAUAAUUUCGAACCAUAAACCAGAAAAUGUUGUUCCUUAUCGAGAUAAGCCUAAAUACAAUCCCGCUCGUCGACCUCCAUCUUCAAUGAUGGCCAAUGAUCCAACAAUGAAUCAAGGUGAAAAUAAAUUGCAACCUAGUUUAUCGAUAAAAGAUGAGUUGAACAAGAAAUAUCUUAAUGGAUCAGCAUCAUCAUCACAAGGAGGAGGAGGAAGUGGAUCUUCAUCUUAUGGUCCAUCGAUAUCUCCGUGUCCCUCUCAAAGAUCAUGUACAACAUCAACAACCAUCUCAACGACCACAACAUCAUCCGGUGUUUGCUGUGAACUUGAUGGAAGCCAAUCUGAAGAAGCUGGUGAUGAAGAUGGUGAAUCGGAAGAUGAAUCAACAACCAACACUGAGAAGACUUCAUCAUCUCAACACUCACGAGUUGAAGGUCGUCGUGAACAAAAACUACUCGGCAUUGGAUCUUCAACAACCCUUCCAGCACGUGGUAGACGAGAGCAACACCAAAUGCACCAUCAUCAAAGCCAGCAAAACCAGCAAAGUGGUAUGUCAUUAUCAUUAUCUCGUCAAUCAGUUCCUAGUUGUGAAGAGAUUUCAAUGUCUUCAAUAUUACCUCCUGAUAUGCCACCAAUCACUUCGUAUGAUGAGAAGACAGUAAGUCUUCAUAAAGGCUCCAAAGGGUUUGGCUUUGUGUUGCGAGGUGCCAAAGCAACAAGUCCAGUUGUUAAGCAAAACCAUGAAAUAGCGCCUCAACCUCAACCAAUCAGUUUACAAUAUUUAGAUGAAAUUGAGUCAGGUGGUGUUGCUGAAGCCGCUGGACUGAAACGAGGUGAUUUUCUGUUGAAUGUUAAUGGAGUCGAUGUACGCUCAGCUCCUCAUGAACAAGUUGUCCAAUUGAUCCGUCAAUCUGGUGAUAAGGUAACAAUGACGGUUGCCAGUCCAAAUUAUUUAACUCUAGAUGAUGGAAAUGAAACCAAUAAUAAUAAUAGUAAUAAUAAUACAGAGGAUAAAAAUGGUACCGAUGUUUCAAAUGAUAAAAGUUAUUAUAGUGAGAAAGAGUUUUCAGCCACAAUGCCUCGAGGAUUUGGAGAAACACGAGAAUCUCGGUCAACAUCUAAGGUUCGCAAUCCUCCGGUUCCUCCUAAACGAGAUCCUUCCACAACCUUGUCAAUAAGUCGAGCUCGAGCAAAAUCUCUGUGUAUAACAAGUAGCAACUCUUCUGAUACAGUCAAUAGUGGAUUACCCAUGUCAACUUCAACCUCAUCGGAAAUGUCGGGUCAACAGGUUGAUGACCAAGAAACAAAUAAAAGUAGUUCACCAUCGACAUCAGUUGAAAGUAUGGUUUGUCCAAAUAAUGUAACAUUGAGAGCAAAGGAUGGUAAUGGGAAUAAAAUUGCUUCAAUACGAUCUCGAAGUUCAAGAAGAAUCUCUGCUUUUGAGUUGGAAAAGUUUUUCGCUCGUCAAGGUGAUCCUAAUCAAAUUUUGCUGAUUGAUGAUAAAUGUAAAGGUCAAGGUGAAGGUAACCAUCAAGUAACUACUCUUCAAGCAUUAAAGAAGAAGAGGAAUAAAAAAUUGCAAAAAGAUUUCCAUUCAACUCCAGAUAUUCAAGAACAAUUGGCUCUAGAAUUAGCUAAGCAGCAAAUUGUCUCGCAACAGGGAAACACUAAAAUUAAAUAUGAUAAUAAUGCUAACCGUUUGUCAACUAGUCAAGAAGAUCUUCGCUCAAUUUUGCCCAUUUACUCUGAAACAUUGACUCUUCGAAAUGGUAAAAUUGUCCAAGAUGAAGAUUCAAAUAGUAAUUGUAAGCCAUCAACACUCCCGUCAACAUUGACACCAGCAUCUGAAGAAUCUCAAUCAGUUGUGGUUAAAGUUGAUGUCAGUGGAAACAGGGUUAAAUCUGAUUACGCAAAUUUUGCUCAAUUAAAUCGGGAAGAUGGUAAUAAUAAGCAUUCACCAAAUGAUCAAGCAACAACACCUUCAGUACCAUUAUCAAGCUUUAAGCCAACCCUUCCGUUGUCAACCGACACAGAAUCACUAGAAGCAUUACAAAAAGUUAAUUAUGCAUCUCCAGAUAAAUUGAAACAACCUGGUCAAGGAAUGGUAAACAAUCAACAGCAAUCAGCAAAGCAAGGAGUCAACACUUUAAGACCAGCAAAACACGUUAAACACAGUUCUUUGAUUAACACAGAUGGAUCUGAAUCUUUAAAUGGUAACCAACCGUACAUUCCAGAGCCUGACUACUCUUCAAGCGAGGAUGAUGGUAACACACCGACUAAUGUGAGUGGACGUGAUCUGAGUACUUUUAAGGGUACAACAAACAGUUUGCCCAAAUCAAGAAACAAUAGAAUGGCUUCUAGUUAUCAUGAAUCAGUGGUCAACUCUAAAGAAUCCGAACCCUCUGCUAUGUCUACAUCAACCUCUGUUUUGGAGCCAGGAAGAGAAAAAGAGUUCGAUGUACAAUUAAGGGCUAAAGUUGCUGCCAUUGCUGUGGCAAGCUCAAAAGGCUCGUUAGAUCAAAGGUCGAACCAAUCGGAGGAGAUUAGGGUAAUCAAAAGCACUAGGAAAGAUGAAAGAGGAACCAUCAGUGAACCUUUGGUUAAACCUAAAGGAGAUCAUAUUAACAAGGUUAAGGAGUCGAUUGCUGUUUUUGAAAGGCGAUCAAGUCUAACAGGGGAAGGUGUUGGUACAUCGGCUGCCAUAGCUGCAGUACAAGCAUCUAAUUCAUCAUCGUCAACCUUAACUCGACCCAAAAAAGAUGAUAAUACAAAUUUAGAAUCAUCUGGAUCUGUUUCAUCUUCAGCAGCUAAUGCUCUGAGAGUCUCGAAAUCUUGUUUUGAAGUUGAUAUCUGUGAUAAUAGUUCAUCUGGUGUUUCUUCGGAUAUUGAUGCAGAUAAUUAUACUCAUCACCAUCACCAUCAUUCUCAACAACAAUCAAAAUCCAACGCUACUGAUCUGUCUAAUAGAAAUCAACAAAUUCAUUCACUUAACAGACGUAAUAGCGCUAUUGUGAGUGAAAAAAUUGCCAACUUAAUGGCAUCGGGAACACCGGUCACAGUUAUUAGAGCUAAUAGUCAAGAAGCGAGACAGAUAUUAACUAAUCAAUCUCAGCAUCAAGAUAAAGAACAAGCAAUUAGAAGAGCAUCUAUAGCAUCAUGUGCAACUGAUAAAGGUGAUAAUUUGAAUAGCAAUGUUGUCGUUAAUUCUGAAGUUUGCUCACAAUCAACCGGAUCUGGUUCUAAAGCUGCUCCAACAAUGGCCAAAACUUGGAGUGAAAUAUCGUCUGCAAUUAGGGCGGCCAAAGGUUGCACCACAACAAGCUCAUCCACGGUUCCAGUUAAGUCAGGGUCUAAUACAGCCAAUAGUGGUAAUAAUUUUACGGCCGUUAAACAGACAGGUUUAAGACCAACAAGUGCACCAAUAACUUGCAAUAAUAAUAGUAAUAAAAUUGGACACAAUAAUAGUAAUAAUAGCAAUAGCAAUAAAGACGGCAGUGAUAGAUCAACAAAAGGACGAGAUGGUUUGGCUGCAGUUAAUGAAGUUGAUGUCUUGGCGGAAUUAGUUCCACCACCACCAGAAUUUGCUGCACCUCCGCCUCAACCAAUGGACUCUCGACCAGGAGCGAUUAAAAUUCAAGUUGGCGGACCAAAGCAGCCUCAAAAACAACAACAACAACAGCAACCGGUUUCUAAUCAUCAACCUCAGCUGACAACUGUUUAUCAUCAGCAGCACCAACAACAACAACAGCACCAACAACAUCAUCACCAUCAUGGGCAACAAACUCAUAGUAAAAUGGUAACCACUCUUCCAGCCACCCAAGGAGCACCCGUUAAUACGGUGAUUAGUGGAGUUGGUAUUAAGGCUGUUCAACAACAGGUACAACAGCCAAUAAAUAAUCAGAGAAAAGAAGAGAUUCGGAUUAUCAAUCCUCAACAAGCUCAAGUUCAUAUUAUCCAUAAACCUACACCCCAACAGCAAGCCUGUGUGUACAAUAGUUUAGCCUGUGAGGCUAAUCCUCAACAAUUAAUACGCAAAACUAAUACACCGCCACCUCCUCCACCUCCUGAAUUCAGUGAUUUAUCAGCUGCAUCUAGAUUGGGCAUUGUUGGUGCUCAUCUUCCUGCUGGUCAUCCUCAUCAUCAUACAAUUCACUUUCCUCAACAACAUCAACAACAAGCCAAAAUCCCAUACACAUUGUAUCCGGAAAAUCCAAAACAACCUCAACAGUAUCAAUCUUAUUUGCAACAUCAACAACCUCAACAACAAUUUGUCACAUUAACGCGUUAUGUUGGUAAACAGGGUCAAAUAAUUACAGCCCGACAUCGAUACAAUGCUGAUCAAUUAGCUUCCAUGUCACGAUCUGUUGGUUCAGAUUCACCUUUAACAGUGGCCUGCUCUGACAAUCUCGUUUAUAAAGUCAACUCUCAAGGAGUCUUAGAGCCAGUCGGUCAUCACCAUUCAGGUGGUUACCAUCAGUUUGCUACUUUAUCCAGAGGUCGACCCCAGCAAUUAAGGGCAGCAUCACCUUCACCUUCAGCUGCAUCUUAUUCAGAUUAUACUAGAUUAACAGUUCAAAAUCGUCUAUUGAGACAACAACAACAACAACAGCAACAGCAGCAGCAGCAGCAGCAAGCACAACAACAGCAGCAACAACAGCAACAGCAACAACAUCAACAUCAACAUGUCCAGCAAGGAGGACAACAGAUAAUCUACCAAACUAAUCAAGGCCAACCAAUAGUUACUGGACAUUCUCAUCAAUACUACCCAUCGGAUAUUCAAAAACAAGCGAUGCACCAUCAACAGCUUCAACAUCAACAACAACAGCAAUCACAACAAGCUCAACAAGCUCAUUUACACCAACAUUCACAUCAAGUCCACCAAGCUCACCAACACCAACAUGCUCAGAGUCAUCAGAUACAACAAAUUCAUAAUCAUCAAAUAGUUACCAAUCAAGGCAAUGCAUCAUUGGUUGCUCAAAUAGUUCCAGCUUCUAAUUAUGCUCAAUCGCAACCUAAACAACCAGCUCAUCCACCUCCACCAGGUCCACCACCUUCACUGCAAAAGCAUCCAGCCACUUUUCCCAGAAGAUCUAUGGUUGAUUGGAGUGAGGAAGAUGUUUGUGAUUGGAUUUCUUCAAUUGGAAUGGUUGAACAUCGUUCUAAAUUUGAAUAUAUAAAUGGUGUUAAAUUGCUUCGUUUAGAUAAUAAUGAUCUCAUUGGAAUCGGAGUCAGGCCAAGUCAACAUCGCUGUUUUAUAUUAGAAAAAAUCAAGCAACAUCUUCACUAUCAACAACAGCACCCACCAGUUCAAUAGUUGAAGCCAAUUGAAUGAGCUUAUUUUGCACAAAAACAACCUUAAGCAAGACUUUGGUAUUUUAAAAGGCAACAAUUAAACGCCAAAAAUUGUGAUUUUUUAAUGGUUGCUAUGAAUUGGUCAUAAUUUUGUUGCUAUGGAUAAUUUAACAAAUUAAUGAUGCCGGGAUGAAACUCAACUGUUUUAAAUGAAAUAGCUGAUCAACCCCAAUCUUUCCAAUCUUACACCAUUUUCAAUUUAUUAACUUUUUCCUUUUUACUAUUAAUAAUUUUUAAAUUGUAAGGUUUGAAUGCUCCAGUCGGGUGUACCUCAAAAAAUUACAAUGUAAUUUAUAUUACAAUGUUAACCAUGCUCAGAAAUUCAAUGUUGAUUUAUGAAAUGGCUCCAUGUGAGCCUCAAAGUUGAACAUUGAAUCUUUCAAAUCAAAGUUGAACAAGUGAUUUGGAUGAAGGGUGAUAUGCAAUUGAUCAGAAGAUGAAGCUGAAUGGAUCAAGAUCCUUAAUAGAAGGAAAUCAAUUUUGAUUAACCAAAUUUUGGUGCCAAAAUUUUCUUUUAUUUUGCUCAUAAGUAGCAAUAGUAGUAAAUAUGUUAACAUAUUGAGCAUCUUUUCAUUUUCUUUCCUUUUCAUGAAAGUAAUUAUUUAAAUCAAAUUCAAUUCUUUCUUGAUUAAUAACAAUUAAGGCCAAACAUUUGCAAGUAUUGAAAAGGCAAAUGGUGAACAAAAAAAGAUCACAAAGACUCAUUUUUGAGUAAUCUGCAAAUGAAUAGUAAAUUGUAAAAUCAUUCAAUCCAUUUCUCUGAUACAAUUGAACUAUCCUGUAAAAGCCCUAUUGACCAUCAACCAUAGCAGAUGAUUUUUCUGCUAACAAAAUUGUUUAGCUAUAAAAUUAAAAUUAAUUCACUUUUAAA